CAGGCCCCGCCCACUCGUCGUUUCUCCAGCGAAGGCGAUGCGGCUGGUCGUGGCGUCGCUCCUCCUGGCGUCGGCGUUCGGGCCGCCAUCGGCGGGUGGCGCCGGCGCUCGGCGGCGAGACGAGGGGAGAAGACGUCGGCGGACGAUUUUGUCGUCGUCGCGGAGCUCAGGAAUCUGUCAGAACGGAGGAACGUCCGUCCCCGCCCUGACGACGGGCCGACACUUGUUCUGCUUGUGCGGCGACGCGUUUGAGGGCGCCUUCUGCCAAACGGCGAAAGGCGGCGGCGACUGCUACGAGGGCGUCGGGAUUUACUACCGAGGCUUCCGGUCCGAGUCGGAGAGCGGCCGCCCGUGCCGGCGCUGGGACGACGAGACCGCGCGACGCUACCUGACCCUCGACGUCGACGCCGGCGCGCACAACUACUGCAGGAACGUGCGCUUCAAGCGUCGCCCGUGGUGCCACGUGUGGAAAAACCAGCGGCUGCUUUGGGAAUAUUGCGACAUUCCCCGAUGCGGAACGCCCCAAACAUUCGCGCCGGCGCCGCCCACCGAGACCCCACGCACCGCCCCAACGGGUAAGCACCCGCCCCCUCGUCGGCGUGCCUGUCUUUUGACCUUUGCCAUGCCGGAACGUUCCGGAAUAUGCGCGCUAAUAUUGGGCCGAAAUCCCGUCCGUGUUCUCGUAGCCCCACCUGUCACGUUGGCACCGACCACCCGACCCCCAGAGACCGCCCGACCACCGUGGGCGACGUGCGGGCGGCGUUCUCGCAGGAAGCAGAUGCGUAUCGUCGGCGGUACGGUUUCGGCGGCGGAGUCGCACCCGUGGGUGGCGGCCAUCUUGUGGCGGGCCAGGUCCAAAGAGAAGGUCUUCCGCUGCGGGGGGAGUUUGAUCGCCAGCUGCUGGGUCCUGACCGCCGCUCACUGCUUCCCCGACGGAUCCGACGCCAAAGAGCGGCGCUUCCUGGUGGCGCUGGGCAAGAGCGCCCUCAACCGGAGCGACGCCCUCGAGCAAACGUUCCGCGUGGCCAAAAUCAUCGUGCGCCCCGACUUCAACAACCGAGACGGAAACUACGACAACGACGUCGCGCUGCUGAAGCUGAAAUCCAAGGAAGACGGUCGCUGCGCCCGGGAGAGUCGCGGCGUCCGUGCGGCGUGCCUGCCGGCGCCGGGCCAGAAGCUCCCCGCGCCGGGCUCCGCGUGCGAGAUCGCGGGCUUCGGCAAGGAGAAGCACGGCUUGUGGUACCGCUCGCAGUUCCUGCGGCAGGCCCGGGUGGACCUGCUGGCCGACGACGUUUGUCGGCGCGACGACUACUACGGAGACAAGAUCAGCGGCAACAUGUUGUGCGCGGGCCGGCCCGACUGGACCCGGGACGCCUGUGAGGGCGACUCGGGCGGUCCCCUGGUGUGCCCGGCGGACGGGCGUUUGGUGUUGGUGGGCGUGAUCAGCUGGGGCGAAGGCUGCGCCCGCGAGAGGCGACCCGGCGUCUACGCCAAAGUCCUCAACUACCGACGGUGGAUCCGGCAGCACGCCCGCGUGUGACCGCCGGGGCGGCGACAACGACCGACGGCGGAUCCGAGGGCGCGCUCGCAUUGGUCGCCGUGGCAACCGGCCAACACAUUUCCCAAAAAGUUGCGUUUUUAAAGGUGGAACAUGAAAACUCAUGACAUCACAAUUCAACACACGCAUUUGUGGAGGAAAUGUAUUAUUUCCAUAUUUAAGGACAUUUCAAUUUAAAGGAAAAAAACAGCCUUGUAUUCCCGGUAAGAAAGUAAACAGUUCUUAGCAUUAGUUAGCGUGUUAUCAUUUUUUAAUCAAAAGACAACUCAAAUUCCAAUUUAUAACGAGUAAGUCAUGUGAGACAUUUUCAAUUACAUUUUGUUUUGACCUUUGUUUAACUUUGAUAACAUUGAAAAUAAAGUGAUAUAACAUUCAA